AUGAAGAAUCUCAGACAGCAGAGUUUCAGGAGGCGCUCUGUCCUGUGCACAGAGCACAUUGAGCUGGCCAUCAGCAAAUAUGAAGAAGAGGCGAACUGUAUAUUGUGCGACAGCCCCGGGGAUCUCCUGGACCAGCUUUUUUGCACCAGCUGUGGGCUACGCUAUCACGGCAUGUGUCUGGACAUCAGCGUCACUCCUCUGAAGAGGGCAGGCUGGCAGUGCCCCGAGUGCAAAGUCUGUCAGACAUGCAAGGAGCCUGGAGAAGAUACUAAAAUGCUAGUGUGCGAUAUGUGCGACAAAGGCUAUCACACGUUCUGCUUGCAGCCGGCUAUGGACUCUAUCCCCAUCAACGGCUGGAGGUGUAAGAACUGCCGGAUGUGUUUUCAGUGUGGCACCCGGAGAAGUGAACAAUGGCACCACAACAGCCUUUUGUGCCAAAACUGUGGCGAUCAACAGGACACCAGUGUCCCCUGCUUAUGUCCCAGCGACAUAGAUCCCGACGUCCACAAAGAUCUGCUUUCUUGCCAUCAAUGCAAAAGGUGGUUCCACCCAGAGUGUGAACAGCCAGGUGAAGGUCACGCACAUCCACAGUCCAAAGAUGAUCACAUAUGUUCCAUCUGUAGAAACGCCGGCUCUGAAUCAGAUCCUGUGCACACGGAUGCAGAAGGAAUGCAGGCGGAGAUUCAAUCACAUGUGGAUGCUGAAGAAAACGCACAGCCAGUUCCAACAAACAACGAUUCUGAGCCUGCCAAAGUUCAAGACGCAGAACCUCAUCAGCCUGUCAGCGAGAGGCAGAGUGAAGAGCAGCAAACAGAUGAAAAACAAGUGACGGGAAAAAAAUGGGAGCCUGGAGAAGAUACUAAAAUGCUAGUGUGCGAUAUGUGCGACAAAGGCUAUCACACGUUCUGCUUGCAGCCGGCUAUGGACUCUAUCCCCAUCAACGGCUGGAGGUGUAAGUUCAGUAGCAGUUACAUCCAGUCCAAAAAGUCUGUCUGGAACCUAAUUUUGGAUGCAGUGAAAGGAAACGCCGGCUCUGAAUCAGAUCCUGUGCACACGGAUGCAGAAGGAAUGCAGGCGGAGAUUCAAUCACAUGUGGAUGCUGAAGAAAACGCACAGCCAGUUCCAACAAACAACGAUUCUGAGCCUGCCAAAGUUCAAGACGCAGAACCUCAUCAGCCUGUCAGCGAGAGGCAGAGUGAAGAGCAGCAAACAGAUGAAAAACAAGUGACGGAAAUUGUGGCAGACGCUAGAGGUGAUUUAGCCAAGCCAGAGUGCAGCGAGACCUCAGACCACAGCGAGGAAACUGAGCAGACUUCAGUUACAUCUCCUCAGGAGACAAAAGGUCCUGAAGAUUCAGAGCCGCAUGAGCAGAAGCUGGUUUCAGCUCCAGAGACAUCCACAGUACAGCAGCUUGUGUCAUUCUUUGAAACAGAGGAGCCUCCAGAGACGUCAUCUACACUCACGGAAAACAUCUCCCAAAAUGAGGAUGACAGCAAGCCCUGCCUGGAGGAGCAGAAAACAGACCUAUCACCCACCAAAGAGCCAACUCCAGCCUGUACCUCCCAUGAGGAAGAACCCAUGGAGGUUUCCUUUACGGAGGAACCUUCCACAAUGGCUCAUGGAGUUACUGUAGAGCCUGAGGUUAGUACUGCUAAGACUACGCCAGGAGUUCAGAGCCAGGAGGAAAUGGAUGUUAUGGUGCAGCAGUGCAGCAUUAUUCCAGAGAGCCGCAUGCAGGAAAUGGACAUCACUAUGGAUGGUGAUGAGCGAUUUUUGGCCAAGCUGAGUUCACUGGUGGAGGAGAGGACGUCAUUACAGCAGCCUCCAUGCAGGCAGCCUGAGGGUUUGCCCUCACAUGGGCUUGGGGCAUCCCAGCUCCAGCUCCAGCUCCAGGCAGUCUCAGGACAAGCCAUCAGCAAUGUGCCUUCAUCCACCUUCAUACCAUUCACCCCAAAAAUCGGCAUGGGAAAGCCGGCUAUCUCUAAGAGGAAAUUUUCACCUGGAAGACCCAGAGUCAAGCAGAUCACUAAGGUGGUGCUGAGUAAAGGCUGGCGGUGUUUGGAGUGUACCGUGUGUGAGGCGUGCGGUCAGGCCAGCGAUCCCGGACGUCUGCUGCUCUGUGACAAUUGUGACAUCAGCUACCACACCUACUGCUUAGACCCGCCCCUGCAGAACGUGCCCAAUGGGAGCUGGAAAUGCAAAUGGUGUGUGUCCUGUAUGCAGUGCGGAGCCACGUCUGCGGGUCUGAGGUGUGAGUGGCAGAAUAAUUACACUCAGUGUGCCCCUUGCGCCAGCCUGGCAUCAUGCCCACUGUGCCAGCAGGACUACAACGAGGAGGAGAUCAUCCUGCAGUGCCAGCUGACGAGGACGUACACCCAGGACGGUGUUUGUCUCACAGAGUCUGGUCUGUCCCAGCUCCAGAGUCUCGCCAAUGCAGCCUCGCGGCGGAGACGCUCCAAACCCAAACUCAAGCUGAAGAUCAUAAACCAGAACAGUGUGGCCGUGCUGCAGACGCCUCCAGACCCACCGACUGAACUCUCCAGAGACGGAAACCUGGACAACACCAAAAAAGGGGAGAUUGUGGACGGUGAGGGAAAGUCAGACUCCAGUCCGGAGAGAGAGGCCGCAGCAGAAGAUGACUCUAAAGACACAGAUCCAUGCAAGAAGAGGAAGAGGAAGCCCUACCGCCCUGGUAUUGGAGGAUUCAUGGUCAGACAGAGGAACCGGACAGGUCUGGGCAGAACCAAACAGGCCUUGUUCAGGAAGGACUCCACUGGCUCUGAGACCCUACAAGGCAAAGAUGAGAGCUGGGGUGACCAAGCGCCUGACACUCCAAUCGAUGAAAAACCUCCUUUGUCUGAUUUUCCCGACAACCCUGAGGUUAAAAUACGGAAACGCUACAGGAAAAAGAAGACCAAACUGGAGGAGGCUUUCCCUGCUUACCUACAGGAGGCCUUUUUUGGGAAAGACCUGCUGCAUAAGAGCAAACACAGCAGACAGGAAACCACACGGCUACUAGAGGAUGAGCGAGACAGGAAACAGCUCUCGGCCAAUCAGAUGAAGCCACUGUCGAACGCAUCACUCAGUGCAUCAGCGGCACUGCUGCCCAGUAAAUCAGUAGCAGCACAGAACUCUGUGGAGCCUCUAGUGGACCUGUCCGAAGAGCUGAAAUCAGACACAGAGCUGCUGGGAAUGUUUUCAGAUAACAAGCAAACAGAGGAGUCCGGUCUUGAUUUUUGCCCUUUCCAAGUUGAGUACUCUCCUUCACUAUUUGGUAAGAGCUCAUGGUCAUAUUUUAAGUUAUUUACUUUUACUUCUAUUCUCUUGCACCCCUUUGCUUGGAGACAGGCAUUUCAGAAAAACAAAGCCAAUGAUGAAUGGCCUUCCUCCUGUGAGCGGCAGUCAGGGCCUCUGCCUGAAUGGAUGAGAAUGUCUUCACGAAUGCCAAUGAUGAACGGUUUGAUGGAACCCAAACAGCAGUUUUCACAGUCCCAAAUUGGUCCUGGAGCAGAGCCUGAUAUGGCUCGAAAUAUCCCAUCAAUGCAGCGCAUGCCUUUCUCAGACAAUCUUAGGGACAGGAAGUUCAAUCUGAUAGUGCAGGAGACUGCUGGUCCGUGGUCCGCUACAGGGUCAGCUUCUGCCUCUGCUCCAGCCGCUGCCUCUGAGGUGGAGGGAGACUCCAUGUCCACUGCACAGAAAAGCACUCUGAAGUGGGAGAAAGAAGAAACGUUUGGAGAACUUGCCACGGUUGCACCGGUCCUGUACACUAAUGUCAACUUCCCAAACAUCAAGGGGGAAUAUCCAGACUGGUCAACACGAGUGAAACAAAUUGCAAAAUUGUGGAGAAAAGCAAGUUCACAGGACCGGGCACCAUAUGUGCAAAAGGCCAGAGAUAACAGGGCAGCCCUGCGCAUUAACAAAGUUCAAAUGUCCAACGAGACCAUUAAGAGGCAGCCGCCUCAGCCACAGCAGCCUUUAGAAGUGUUUGAUCCUGCUAUUCCACCACUGGACCCAGAAUUACUGUUCAAAGAUCCACUGAAGGACAAGGAAUCAGAGCAUGAACAAGAAUGGAAGUAUAGACAGCAAAUGAGACAGAAAAGUAAGCAGCAAGCUAGGAUUGAAGCUACACAGAAACUUGAGCAGGUGAAGAAUGAACAACUUCAACAGCAGCAGCAGCAACCGCUCCCGUCAAUCAGCCAAUCUGAGGAUGACUCUUCCAAUAACCUGAAGAGUCCAGUGUCUGUGCAUUCCAACAAUGGGAACAUGUCUCCCAAGCAGCCCAGUUCAAAAAAUGAGGUUUCAAAGUCACAGCUGCCCGGCACGCCCACAUCGUGUUCCCCAGAUGACGUCUUUUUGCGCCCUCAUCCACCACCCCCAUCUUCAGGAUCUCAGCCACAGAGCCCUCAGAUGUUCUCCCCUAGCUCCUCUGGCUCUAGACCAUCCUCACCCUGGGAUCCCUACACCAAAAUGGUAGGCACACCCAGACCACCAACUACUGGGCAGGGAAAUCCACGCCAUAACUCAGAAUCAGGGAAAUCUCCCAGAGGUCUUUCAGAGCCAAUUGAUUCUCCAACAGCCAUAUGUAAUGACCCCUAUGCCAAGCCCCCAGACACCCCAAGGCCAGCAGGAGCUCCAGACCCUUUUCUCAAACCUAUGUGCCCUCCCAGAGCUAGUCAGACUUUGGAAGGGAGGCAUCUUAUUGGCUCCCCAGGCCAUGAUCCAUUCUCUAGGGUGUCUGUGAGAAAGGAAGCCUACCAGAGGAUGCCUCAGGGCAGGAUGAUACUCUCAGACCCAUAUGCUCGUCCUUUACUCACACCUAUCCCAGGCAGCAAUGAAUCAGGGUCCGUCCAGGUCUUUAAAACCCCUAUGCCACCCCCUCAGACUCAGGAACAAUAUGCAGGCAUGCUUGCCCGGAGAGCAAGUGGGGAUCCCUUCGAAAGACCAAUGAUGCCUCCUCGUUCCUCUGAGGGAUUCUCCCAGAAUCAACAGAAUGAUCCAUAUGCGCAGCCUCCGCUCACUCCUCGUCCUGUAGUUAGUGAUGGCUAUGCAAAUCAAAGGGUUCCACGACAGCCCCAAACUCUCCCUUUUUCUCAGCCUGGGCCAAUGGCACGUCAGCCUUCCUGUAAUCCAUAUGCUCGAGCCCCCUCCACCCCUCGGCCAGACUAUUCCCAGUGCGAUCCCUAUGGACAACAACCUGCUACACCAAGACCUUCAAGUGACCCUUUGACCCAGUCUCCAUUUUCUAACCCAUACGCUAGGAUGCCAGGCACACCUAGACCACAUGACCCUGAACCCUACUCUCAGCAGCCUGUAUCUCGCCAUCCAGUCAUGAUGAAUCAGCCCUCUCAACAGUCUCAGCAGCAGACUCAAAACCGCAUAAUGUCCCCUAUAUCAAUGGACCCUUACGCACAACCCCCUGGUACCCCACGCUCAGGAAUGGCAGACCGGUUCCCCAAGUCUCCAAGUCACCAAAGGACUCCAGAUCCUUUUAUUCAACCUCCCGGACUGCCACGCACUGUUGGGCCCGAUCCUCAUGCACAGUCGGUGGGAAGGUCCCAGUCAUUACCUAAUGAUUCAUGUGCACAUCCCUUACGAACACCUCAUCCUGGAGGCGUCGGACAGGGCUUGGGACCUGGGCCCAUGUCUAAUCAAGAUCCAUUCUCUCCUCCUCAAGUCUUGAUGCAAGGCACAUUUGCCAGUCCAACAAAACAUGGACCUCAGCCCCUCAAACAUCUGGGCAUGACAGACGAAACCGGAUCUCAGCUGCUGUCCAGUCAACCCAAUCAAACUCCCAUCCAUGACCCUUUUGAGCAGGCCCCCAUGCUUCCACAUCCUCAGUGUGGAGAAAACAAAGAGCAACAAGGUUUGGUACAGAGUAUCAGUUCCCACACCAUGGGCCAGCCCAGCUCUGAAGCUCAAAUGGUACCUCUUGCAGAAGCUGAGGAAAGACUCAGACAGCGUCAGCGUAUUCGAGAGUUGAUCCUCAAACAGCAACAGCAGAAAAGUGCCAUACGUCAAGAUAAGGGUGUACAGGAUCAUCCUCUGGCCAUGCCUCCAGGAACCCCUCAGCGCUGGAGUCAGGAGUCUACAGGCCAACCGAGUGAAAUGUUUAAUCGCCCGCCACCACCAUAUCCUGGUUCCGGAGCUGUAAGAGCCCCUCAGAGAUUCCAUGGGCCAUUCCCAGGAGAUCAGCAGGGGCAUUUCCCUGAAGGCCAGUUUCCUAGACCACAGUUUCCUGGGGAUGCUGACUCAAAUAUAAGGCAGCUUGGGCCAAGGAUGCCCAUCACUCCUAAUGUCCAAGGUCCUCUGGGAGCUCCAAGGCCUCAUCAGAUGCAGGACCCAAUAAUUGAAACUCAUCCACAGAUGAGAAGAUCCAUAUCUAUGGAUUUGGGAAAAUCAGUAGGAGGCAACCCUUUAGUAACCUUACAUUUGCCUCCUAGUGGCAUGCACGUGCAACAGCACAACAUCAUGGGGCAGCCCUUCAUAGAACUGAGACACAGAGUGCCAGAUAACAGACUGCGGCUUCCCUUUGGAACUCCUACUAUGCAGGGAAAUGGAAUGGAAUCGCCCUUACAGCAACGACCCCCAGGUUUCAUGGGUGGCCAAGAAAUGGGAUUCCCCUUCAAUCAGAUUCCAAAACCAAUGGACACAACAAUUAAUCAAUCUCAGGUAGCUAAUACGCAGAUGCAGGCAUCUCUCAGCUUGGGGAAUUUACAGCAGGCCAAUAUUCUGUUGAGAACUGGACAUCCACAUAUCCCCCUGACAAGGUCUAUAAGCCAACCUGCUUCCAACGAGACUCUCAGUGCUCCCUUACUCACAAGUAUUGCUGCUACAUCUGCUGUACAAAACAGUGAGGUCCCUUUAUCCACAAAUGAAGUACCGGAGGAGAAAAUCGAUACUGAUGAAUCUGCUGUGAAGGACCUUGAAGAUGUUGAGGUGAAGGACCUUGUCGAUGCCGAUUUAGAAAACCUAAAUCUCGAUCCAGAUGAUGGAAAGGACUUGGAUCUUGAAACAAAUGACCUGCAUCUAGAUGACUUCUUAACGUCUGGGAAAUUUGAUAUAAUUGCUUAUGCUGAUGCUGAUUUAGAUCUUAGCGAGGACCUGGAUCUCAGUGAUCCAAUAGAAGACCACACUGAGACGUCUGAUUUCCAAAAGACAAAAGCAGAGAAAAAGACUGAUAGUUUUGAUGGCUCAUCAUCAUCAUGCUCUACAUCGACAGCGAAGGAAAUGGUCAAUACUGCUCAAUCUCAAGGUCACAUCAGUCAAGACGUUCCCCAGGAUCAGGUGCUGGUUUCCUUGAAAACAGAAGAGGAUAGCAAAAAUGGAAUUAAAGAUUGCUUGUCCCAAGACACCUCUUGUGAGAAUCAGGUAAAUGAUAGUGCUGCCAUUAAUCAAACUGGCUUUGAAAAUGAUAUUGAUGCCAGUUUACAGGUUCCAAAGUCUGGAAUUCACCCCGAUGCUUCUCCAGUGUUUUCAAGCAUGCUGGUCAAUGUACCACUAGAAGGUGAAUCACAGAAGCAGGAACACUGUGGACAGUCAGCGGCACAAAGCAACCCUCCAAAUCAUGAAGCUACCAUGUCACUCAGUAGCACUAUGCUGGGGCAAGGAAACUUCUCAGUGCAGGGGAUGGAUACUGGCCUCAGUAUUGACCAGUCUUUGGUGUUUUCUCAUGGUGAAAGUGCAUUAGCAGUCCCAGGCUCCAUUCAGGAACAGCAACAAAGCCAUAUUUUUGGUAUUGAUCAAAAGGAUGCUGUACUCUCAGGGGAACAACACCGUAUUCUUAUUCAACAGGCGAUGCUGUCACAGGAAGGCCAUCAGAACAGACCACUGCUUCUGGAAGAGCAGCCACUUCUUCUCCAAGACCUCCUGGAUCAGGAGAGACAGGAGCAGCAGCAGCAGCAGCAAAUGCAAGCUAUGAUAAGACAGCGUUCCAGCGAGUCAUUCUUCCCUAACAUAGAUUUUGAUGCUAUCACAGACCCCAUAAUGAAGGCAAAGAUGGUUGCAUUGAAAGGAAUCAAUAAGAUGAUGGUCCAGAACAACAUGGGAAUGUCUCCUAUGGUGAUGAACAAUGUCCAGACAGAGCAGGCGGUAUCAGACCCUGAUGGAGGUAUAACUCCAAUACAGUUGGCUGGACAGGAUGGCAAACUUAGUCCUCACAUGGCACGACCCAAUCCCCCAAAUUUUGGGACAGGAUUUGCCCGUGACGCACAGAAGGUUCAGUAUGAGGACUGGCUCAGGGAAACCCAGCAGCUGCUUCAGAUGCAGCAGAAGUAUUUGGAGGAGCAGAUAGGGGCCCACAGAAAGUCAAAAAAGGCCCUGUCAGCCAAGCAGAGAACUGCCAAGAAAGCAGGACGAGAGUUUCCUGAUGAGGAUGCGGAGCAGCUGAAACAUGUGACAGAACAGCAGGGUGUGGUGCAGAAACAGCUGGAACAGAUUCGCAAACAGCAGAAGGAGCAUGCAGAGCUGAUAGAGGAGUACAGGGUUAAACAGCAGCAACAAGGUGGCAUGCAGCCCGCAAUGAUGCAUGGAAUGCCACCAAUGCAGCCUCAUGCUGGUAUGAUGCCAGUUGGGCCCCCAGUGAACCAACCUAUGAUGGGUCCCAUGAUGCCCAUUCGUCUCCACCCUAGCCAACCAGAUGCAGCUAAUGUGAGUAACACAGCAGGUUGGCACCCUGGUGCACCUGUUCCCAGUGGAGGACUUCAGAUGCCAGGAGUAAUGCCCGCUCAAGUAGUGCAGGCACAGCCUCCGCAGCCGGCAAUGGUCAUGCCCAGUCAGGAGCAGGCGGGGGGCAUGAAUUUCGACGAUACCAACCCAUUUAGCGAAGGCUUCCAGGAACGUGAGCGUAAGGAGCGACUACGCGAGCAGCAGGAGAGGCAAAGGGUGCAGCUCAUGAAGGAGGUGGAAAGGCAGCGGGUGAAACACUGCAUGGAGCAACAGCAAGUCCCUAACUGCCAAGAUGGCACCAUGAGGGCCUUGUCCCAAAUGCCUUUUUAUAACCAGGAGCUACCGCAGGACUUCAUACAGUCACCCAGAAUGCAGCAGCAGAUGCAAGGUCCACCAUUUCCACAGCAGCAAGGCAUGCAACCAGGGUUCGUUGGAGGACCAUCCAGACCAAUGAUGGGUAACGGUCCAUUCCCUCAGGAAAUGGGACCGGGGUUUGUUUCUGAGAACCUAGCACCCCAUGGGCUUAACUUUGUCCAAGCACAAGCUAGACCUCAGAGAUAUCCUGGGCCAAACAUGAUGCCUCAGAAUCCAACUCAAGCGCAUCAGUUUCCAAUGGAGGGUCCCACGCCCUUGCCUCCAAACUUUCCAGGUCCCGGUCCGUCACUUAUCCAGCUGUACUCCAACAUCAUUCCAGAGGAGAAGGGCAAGAAGAAAAGGAACCGCAAGAAGAAGAAAGAUGAUGAUUGUGAGUCCCUGAGAGCUCCUUCCACACCUCACUCGGACCUGACAGCCCCGUUAACACCCUGCGUGUCAGAUACAUCAUCCACACCGACAAGGAACCCAAUGGUCUUUGGCGACCAUGAGUUCUGCGAGACGUCCCAGCCUGGAUCGUCUACACCAGGCUCCAUGAGCAGCCAGCUCCACUCUGAGCUGGAGCGCCAGCUCUCUGAAGGCAGCUGUGGUGGAGGGCCAGAGAUGGCCAUGACCCAACAGGAGAUGCAUGACAGGAUCCUGUCCAACAUCAAAUUGGAGAAGGUGGAGGCGAGUGACUGCCACGGGCAUAAGGGAAUGGAGAUGGAAAUGGGACUAGGCAUGGUCAAGGUAGAGGGAGAGAGGGAGGGAAUGUUGCUUCAUCCUGCGAGCCAAAGUCCAGCCAACAGCUCGAAAGGAGAAGCUGGGAAUGAACUCCUCAAACACCUCCUGAAGAAUAAGAGGACUCCACCUUCUGCACUGCCUCACCAGAGGUCUGGAGACAGUUUGAGGUCAGAGGAAGAGGGAUCCAUGGACUUCAAAGCUUUUCUGCGACAGAGCUCCAUGGAUAGCACUGGGACGUUCUCGGAUUCAAACCACCUUGAUUUCCCCGGACCAUUUCUUCCAGAGGACAAGAAGAAACAGAGGAACAAGAGGGCACCCAAGAGCGGAGACAGACCCGCUCCCCGCUGUAAAAAGAGGAAGAAAGAGGAGGACGAGGAUCAAGCAGUGUAUUCCUCUGAGCCAGUAAUGACCCAGUUAAAACAGAUUCGCAAACAGCAGAAGGAGCAUGCAGAGCUGAUAGAGGAGUACAGGGUUAAACAGCAGCAACAAGGUGGCAUGCAGCCCGCAAUGAUGCAUGGAAUGCCACCAAUGCAGCCUCAUGCUGGUAUGAUGCCAAUUGGGCCCCCAGUGAACCAACCUAUGAUGGGUCCCAUGAUGCCCAUUCGUCUCCACCCUAGCCAACCAGAUGCAGCUAAUGUGAGCAACACAGCAGGUUGGCACCCUGGUGCACCUGUUCCCAGUGGAGGACCUCAGAUGCCAGGAGUAAUGCCCGCUCAAGUAGUGCAGGCACAGCCUCCGCAGCCGGCAAUGGUCAGGCCCGGUCAGGAGCAGGCGGGGGGCAUGAAUUUCGACGAUACCAACCCAUUUAGCGAAGGCUUCCAGGAACGUGAGCGUAAGGAGCGACUACGCGAGCAGCAGGAGAGACAAAGGGUGCAGCUCAUGAAGGAGGUGGAAAGGCAGCGGGUGAAACACUGCAUGGAGCAACAGCAAGUCCCUAACUGCCAAGAUGGCACCAUGAGGGCCUUGUCCCAAAUGCCUUUUUAUAACCAGGAGCUACCGCAGGACUUCAUACAGUCACCCAGAAUGCAGCAGCAGAUGCAAGGUCCACCAUUUCCACAGCAGCAAGGCAUGCAACCAGGGUUCGUUGGAGGACCAUCCAGACCAAUGAUGGGUAACGGUCCAUUCCCUCAGGAAAUGGGACCGGGGUUUGUUUCUGAGAACCUAGCACCCCAUGGGCUUAACUUUGUCCAAGCACAAGCUAGACCUCAGAGAUAUCCUGGGCCAAACAUGAUGCCUCAGAAUCCAACUCAAGCGCAUCAGUUUCCAAUGGAGGGUCCCACGCCCUUGCCUCCAAACUUUCCAGGUCCCGGUCCGUCACUUAUCCAGCUGUACUCCAACAUCAUUCCAGAGGAGAAGGGCAAGAAGAAAAGGAACCGCAAGAAGAAGAAAGAUGAUGAUUGUGAGUCCCUGAGAGCUCCUUCCACACCUCACUCGGACCUGACAGCCCCGUUAACACCCUGCGUGUCAGAUACAUCAUCCACACCGACAAGGAACCCAAUGGUCUUUGGCGACCAUGAGUUCUGCGAGACGUCCCAGCCUGGAUCGUCUACACCAGGCUCCAUGAGCAGCCAGCUCCACUCUGAGCUGGAGCGCCAGCUCUCUGAAGGCAGCUGUGGUGGAGGGCCAGAGAUGGCCAUGACCCAACAGGAGAUGCAUGACAGGAUCCUGUCCAACAUCAAAUUGGAGAAGGUGGAGGCGAGUGACUGCCACGGGCAUAAGGGAAUGGAGAUGGAAAUGGGACUAGGCAUGGUCAAGGUAGAGGGAGAGAGGGAAGGAAUGCUGCCUCAUCCUGCGAGCCAAAGUCCAGCCAACAGCUUCAAAGGAGAUGCUGGGAAUGAACUCCUCAAACACCUCCUGAAGAAUAAGAGGACUCCACCUCCUGCACUGCCCCACCAGAGGUCUGAAGACCGUUUGAGGUCAGAGGAAGAGGGAUCCACAGACUACAAAGCAUUUCUGCGACAGAGCUCCAUGGACAGCACUGGGACAUUUUCAGAUUCAAAUCACCCUGAUUUCCCUGGACCGUUACUUCCAGAGGACAAGAAGAAACAGAGGAACAAGAGGGCACCCAAGAAUGGAGACAGACCCACUCCCCGCUGUAAAAAGCGGAAGAAAGAAGGGGACGAGAAUCAAGCAGUGUAUUCCUCUACUGAGCCAGUGAUGACCCAGUUAAAACAGCAGCUUUCUCUCUUGCCCCUAAUGGAGCCUCUGGUGGGGGUGAACUUUGCCCAUUUCGUGCCCUUUGGGGGCGGACAGCUGGACGGAGAGAGCCGUCUCUCGGGUACAUUUGGGAGCGCCUCAUUGGACGGUGUCUCUGACUAUUACUCCCAGCUGAUUUACAAGCAGAAUAAUUUGAGUAACCCUCCCACACCUCCUGCCUCCCUGCCCCCGACUCCUCCUCCAGUGGCGCGCCAGAAGUUGCUCAAUGGCUUUGCCACAACAGAGGAGCUUGCCAGCAAAGGUGGCGUCAUUGUUGGCCAUGAUGUCACCAAAGGGCUGCUUUCUCGACCGCUGCAGUUUAAGGCUGAGGAGGAGCUGCUGGCUCGAGCUCUGGCUCAGGGGCCCAAAACUGUGAAUGUGCCGGCCUCUCUUCCCACCCCACCUCAUAACAACCAGGAAGAACUCAGGGGACAGGAGCACUGUGAAGACAGAGACACCCCAGACAGCUUUGUCCCGUCGUCUUCCCCAGAGAGUGUCGUUGGCAUGGAGAUCAGCCGCUAUCCUGCUCUCUCAUUGGUCAAGGAGGAGCCUCCUUCUCCAGCCCUGUCUCCAGUAAUGCCAAUGUUUCCUGUCUUUAGGGGCAAAGGCUCAGAGUUCAGGUUACGAGAGGUCAAGAUGGAGCCUUCAUCAGUGUUCUUCGGCUCUCCAUUUGGAUCAGUGCAAAACGGCUCCAACACUGGACUGGUGUCCAUCGCCAUCACACUGAAGCCAGCAGCUGCCGAGAACAUCACUGAUGUUGUUGCAGCCAUUGCUGACCUGAUCCGUGUGAAGAUCCCCAGCAGCUAUGAGGUCAGCAGCGGCCCGGGGGGAACUAUGGGGGCCAUCAAGACCUCGGUGGAUCCACAGCGUCUGACCUCUGCACUUCACGAGCCGAAUGGACUGCGGGCCACACAGCAAGCACCUCAACACCUGCAGCUUCUGCACAACCAUAUCAAAAGUCUUGUUGGUGGUAGAGCGCAGAAUAAGAAGAUACAGCAAAACCCAGGACCGAAGCAACAAUGGUGUCAACACUGUAAAGUGGUUGUCUUGGGCAAUGGCGUGAGAAAAAUUACCAAAGAUGAGCAGGGCAAAGCACAGGAGUCUCCGUUAUGUUCGGAUGGUGGUUUGGUGUUCUGCAGUCAUAGCUGUCUCAUUCUGCACUCAUCAUCCUCUCAGUCCAAUGGGAACGCCGACACCAAGGCAUCUGCUGCUCUACUUCCUGAAAGUGCUUUGAAACAGAGUCCCUCUAAAGUCCAGCACCAGUACAGCAACAACAUGUCCUCACUGGAUGUCCACUGCCUGGCCCAACUCCAGCCCAAACCGUCCCCUUCCUCUCUGAAUCGUCACACGGGUUUCACCCCAGCUGAGGCGGCUCAAGCGAUCAAGAUAGAAUCCAAACCUGAAAGCAUAUCGGAGAGCCAUUUUAAAAUGAUGGUAAAGCUUAAACCACAUUCCCAGAGCCACAUGGAAGACAAACCAUGGCAUCACGGCAAAAGGUGGAAAGGCCUGUGCUGGCGAAAGUGGACGGUACACAUCACGAUGCCAAAAGUUGCCACCCAAACAUCGGAGUCAGAAGUUGAGGAGCUUUUGCAGCAGCUCAACUCAUCUCUGCGGCCGUGCUCAACCACCCUCGAUCGGCGCCGCUGCUGCUUCUGCCAACAGAUAGGCGAUGGGAUGACAGAUGGCCCAGCCAGGCUGCUCAACCUGGACUUGGACACCUGGGUGCACCUCAACUGCGCCCUCUGGUCCUCGGAGGUCUAUGAGACGCAAGCGGGGGCCCUGAUCAAUGUGGAAUUGGCUCGUCAACGAGGGCAAACGGUGGUUUGUGUGUUCUGUCAGCGCUUGGGUGCCACCAGUGGCUGCCAUCGGCUGCGCUGCCUCAACAUCUACCACUUCACCUGUGCCCUGCAGGCCGGCUGUACAUUUUUCAAGGAUAAGACGAUGCUGUGCCACCAGCACCGGCCGCGAGGAUCUGGCACCGCCACCGGGUUGCACUUAGAACAGCAGCUGCGCUGCUUCUCCGUGUUCCGCCGCGUGUUUGUGCAGCGCGAUGAGCUACGACAGUUAGCGGCGGCCGUACAGCAGCCUGAACGUGGCCAUACUUUCAGAGUGGGCAGUUUGCUUUUCCAUGCGAUGGGUCAGCUGCCACCUACCCUGCUGCCCACGUUUCAUUCGUCCAUAGCCAUCUUUCCACCUGGCUACGAGGCGAGCCGGCUCUACUGGAGCAUGCGGCACGGCCAGAAGCGCUGCCGGUACGUCUGCUCUGUGGAAGAGCAUGAGGGGCGUCCUGAAUUCAGCAUCCGUGUCAUUGAGCAGGGCUUCGAGGAUCUGGUGCUGACUGACACCACUGCUAAAGGAGUCUGGGACAAGGUUCUUGGGCCCGUGGCUGAGAGGAGGGCUGAGACGGGCAUGCUGAGACUCUUCCCCGUCUAUCUGAAGGGAGAGGACCUGUUUGGGCUCACCAUCUCAGCAGUUACCCGCAUUGUUGAAUCGCUGCCGGGUGUGGAGGCGUGCUCGAGGUAUCGAUUCCGUUAUGGGCGUAAUCCCAUGUUGGUGCUUCCACUGUCCAUCAAUCCAUCUGGUUGCGCUCGUUCUGAGUUGCAGACGUACCCCCAUCAUGAGAGGCUGAAGAUCCUCUCCGUGUGGUCCAGAGCAUCUCAUUGCAUCCAGAACUCAACGGUGGCAGAGAGAGGAUCUUCUCACAGCAAGCACUUUGUGCACUCGAAGUCAUCUCAGUACCGCCGACUGACCAGCGACUGGAAGACAAACGUGUAUCUGGCACACUCUCGCAUCCAGGGUCUUGGGCUGUUUGCAGCGCGUGACAUUGAGAAGCAGACCAUGGUGAUUGAAUACAUGGGGGAUAUUCUGCGCGCUGAGGUGGCCAUGGGGAAAGAGCUGCAGUACAAGGCUAAGAACCGCCCAGCAUACAUGUUCCGCAUCGACAGCGAGCGAGUUAUCGAUGCAACCCGGUCUGGAAGCCCUGCAAGGUACAUCAAUCAUUCAUGCUCGCCGAACUGUGUGGCUGAGGUUGUGACAUUCGAGCGGGGCCACAAGAUCAUCAUCAGUGCCGCCCGCAGGAUUGAUAGGGGAGAAGAGCUCUGCUACGAUUACAAGCUCACCCCAGUUGCAGAUCAGAGCAAGAUCCCAUGUCACUGUGGAGCUGCCAACUGCCGCAAGUGGAUAAACUAAACAGGAGUGACAACAACAACUCCAACAACUCUGAGGUGCCAAUUUACCAGAGGAGACGUGCAAAGACGAAACAGCCAAUCCUGGAGGUUGUUGAUCUUUUUAAUUUUUUUAUUUUUUAAAUGUGCAAGACUAAGAGGAAAACACAAUGUGAGAAUUCAGCAUUGUGUGAGCCAUUCGUAUCAUUUCUUGACUUGAAAGGAAAAUGUUCCGUUAUGUGCAUGUGCCAUGAGUCUGUCUGUGUGUGUGUGUGUGUGUGUGUGUGUGUGUGUGUGUGUCACACGGGGCAGAUUUCACCAGCGAAUGAGUACGGAGAAUGAGCGCGAGCACUGUGCCGGGUAUUGCCUUAUAGGUUGAUGGAGGGGCAGGCCCAUCUGUAUGACGAGAUCUGUAGAGACUGAACCGUAGAAAUCAAUGUAGAACAUCACUGAAUGGAGAAUGUACGGAAUUGACUUCCGCAAAGGGACAAACAUGUUGCACUAAAAAAACAAAAUAAAAUAAAAAAUAGGAAAACAAAAAAAGAAAAUUAACUCACAAAAAAACCCACUCAAAAUACUUGAUUCCAUGAGUCAGUUUUA